AUGUCAGAAGAAAACUCGGGAUGCGGCACUGUGCCGUUUUGCGGAACUCCUACAUGCGAUGGGCUCACAUGCGAAGCUGAACAGGUGCAAAGGGCACAUAUCCGCCUGCAGGCUGACCAACCUGUCAUCCCAGUGCCUGUGUACCAAGAAAUCCAGAAGCGGGAUAAGUACAUAGAGGUGCCGCAAGUGGAGGUCAAGGAUUGCAUUGUUCCCAAGGUCUAUAACCAAUCUGCUGUUCACGAUGUUCCCAAAGUUCGCGUCGACUGUGGCGAGAAAAAUGUCGCCAUUGAGACUGAAAAAAUCAUAGAGAGAGAUGUCGACGUCCCGGUCCACGUGGGCUAUGCACCGCAGUUCGUUCCCAAGUGGGACAUACGCGAGGUGCCGAGGCCCGUUCCCAAGUACGAAGGCGAGCAACAAAUAAUCGAGAUUGAAGUGCCACAAAUAGAAUACAAGGAUACCUACGUUGAAAAGGAAGUGGUGGUAGAUGUCAAGGAAAAAAUUGUCCCCAAGGUGACUGAAGUCGUUAAAGAGGUAGAGGUUAUGCAGUACGAGUGGAAAGAGAAGUAUCAAGAUGUUCCCGUAUACAAAUAUGUUCCUAAGUUCGACGUUGAGCUUGAUUGCCCUCCCCCCCUUAUUGUCCCAUACACGGAAACCCGUUAUGUCCAAGAUGAACCCCAAACAUCGAAUCCCUACUGCGGCUGGUCAGCCUGCUGCACACAAGUUCACCAGGAGCCCCAUAUCAGAACCGUGGAGAAGGCGGUUCGUGCCGAGCAGCAGAGACUCUAUCCAGGAUCUGCACAGCUAACUGAGGCUAACGUAAACUACCCACUGGGACAAGACUUUGCCUCUCAGUUCCAGAGCAACACUGAAGAACGGGUACUUAGAGGGAACAGCGUCGGCGACGGCCCUGUUCGUCAAGCCGUCCUGUCCCAGCUCCCUCCUGGCCCUGUUUACCCAAGGCCCACUCCUCAGGUUGGCUCAUCCGACAAGCCAAAAAGCAGUGGGGCUCGCUUGAACGAAAAGAAGCCAAGCUUUUGGAGCUGGCUAACUGGAAAAAAAGAGGAGGCACAGACUCCCACAGCUGCUGAAAAAUUCGGAUACCCGGAAAACAUGCCGACGGAUUUCGCCGCUGCGUUCCAGAGCCAAGGAGCACCGGAAGAUCAAGGAGCCCCCCAAAAUCCUACAGAUGUGGAAGGGAUUCCAGAGGAGAAAGACAAGCCGUCCGACGAGCUGGAGCCAUCUGUUGUUUACCGCGGCGCCGUCAACAAACCACCUGAGUAUGGAGGGGAGCUGGACCCUAUAUCCUUCAAACUACAUGCCAUAGAAAUCCACCAGUUUGUUCCCCUCCCGAACAUGGAAGCUCCUGAGUUUGUGAAGGCCCUUUCCAAUGGAAUCAUGACAAGUGAUGCCUCUGGACUAGAGAAAUUCUUUGGUGGUCACGUGCCACCUGGGUGGGCUGAUCCCGACGUCACUGGUAUUCCCGCCACCACCAUGAGCGACAUCUUGUCAGGAAAUGCCCAAAAUGUUGGGAUAAUGAGCCCUCUGGUUUGCCAGCUAUCAUCGCAAUUCGCCAAGCAAGGGUUCGUGCCCGGCGGUACGCAAGAUAUGACUCAAGUUGGAUCCUUCAAGCGCAACACGUCUCAGCCGCAGCCUUAA